AUGAAUAAGGAAGCUUUAUAAUUAUUAAAAAAAGCAUUAUAAUAUUCAUGGUUAUGUAAAGAACAUGAAAUUUAAAUUUAUGAAAGAAUGGCAAUAAACUAUUAUUAUUUAGGAUAAGUAGAAGAAUAAUUGUAUUUUCAUGAAAGAGGAUUACUUGAUGUAUAUGAAUCUGAAGAUUCUCCUAUAAAGAAAUUUAGUUGUGAAGCAUUAAGAGAUUAAUUAAGAAAAACAACUAUUGAAAUUAAAUCACUUUGUCCUCAACUAUUAAAUUUUUUGAAUCUACCAAUCUUAAGUGAAAAUGAAUUAGGCAAUUAAAACCCAAGUUGUUUAAGGAGAUUUCAUUUUAAAAAAUAAAUUAUCUACACAGCUUAAGAUUAAAUAGAAAAUAUUUUAAAAAAUUGUGAUGAAUUUUAAUUUUAAAUUAAUACUCCCAGAUAUUAAAGAGUAAUUUAAUCUGAAUCAUAAAAAAAAAAGACAGAGGAAUUUCGUCAUCCUUUAGUAACUAAAACUUCAUAUGCAAAAGAAAAGAGACGUUAUGAUAUUUUGGAUUCAACAAUUUAUAAAUUACCUUUUGAAAUUUAAGUACACAACAGGUUAAAAUAUCCUUAUAAAUAAGAAGAUAUUAAUUCUAAAAUGUAGUAAAUACUAAGACUAAGAAACAGAAAUGAAAAAUUUGGUCUGAGAAACAAAGUUCUUUUAAAUCAUUAAAGUAGAGAAGAUUUUCAUUAUUAGAAAAACGGAGCUUGUCUUUAUAGAUAGAUUUAAGCUAUUUUUAAGAAGUAUGCACAAAUAUUUACUUGA